AUGGCUAUGCGUGAAUAACCUUGUCCAUACAGAAUCAUAGAUGAUUUUGGAGGAGCCUUCUCUAUGGGAUGCUUUGCUGGAUGCAUUUUUUAUUUCUUAAAGGGAAUGUCAUUUGCUCCAAAAAAGGAAAGAUUUUUUGGAGGAAUCUAAUUAUUAAAAAGAAGAGCCCCUAUUUUAGGAGGAUCUUUUGCUUUAUGGGGUGGGUUAUUCAGCAUUACUGAUUGUACUCUUAUGCAUUUGAGAAAUCAAUAAGAUUUUAUUAACCCAAUUGUGGCAGGAGCAUUCACUGGAGGCUUCUUAGCUAUUAGAGCUGGAACAAGAAUUGCUGUGAGAAAUGCCAUUUUUGGUGGUAUCAUUUUAGGAUUUAUAUAAUUGGCAGAAGUGGGAAUGUUAAAGAUGCAAAUGAGAGAAGAAAUGAAAAGGAUGUAAUAAUAAUAAUAACAACAAAUGGCUGAAAUGUAAGAAAUGAUGGAAAUGCAAAAUAAUAGAGCUGGUAAAAAGUAAUAACCUAAAGUUGAAAAGUAUUGA